CAUAUCGCCGAUAUUUUUGCCUCAUUAUUUCGUUAUCAAUUUUCUCUUCGAAUUCCUCUUCGCGAAGCUUCCGAAAUCCGAAAACUUCUCGUCGAUUUCUUCGCGGAUUUUGCUGUUGCAGGGGAUUUUCUACUGGAUUAGUGAUCGGAAGUUUGGAAUCGAGCCUGAGAUUUGAAGAAGAUGAAGGAGAGCAAGGGGAAUCCGCUGCACUUAUCGUCGCUCAAUCACAUCUCGUUGAUCUGCAAAUCUGUGGAAGAGUCUAGCGAUUUCUACCAGAACGUUCUAGGCUUCAUCCCUGUCCGGCGACCUGGAUCGCUAAAAUUCGACGGAGCAUGGCUGUUUGGACACGGAAUCGGAAUUCAUCUGCUGCAAUCGGAGGAUCCGGAGAAUAUGCCGAAGAAAUCAGCGAUUAAUCCGAAGGACAAUCACAUUUCAUUCCAGUGCGAGAGCAUGGGGAUGGUGGAGAAGAAACUGACGGAAAUGGGGAUUGAUUGGGUGCGGCAGCGCGUGGAGGAAGGCGGAAUCUUUGUGGACCAGCUGUUCUUCCAUGAUCCGGACGGUUUCAUGAUCGAAAUCUGCAACUGCGACAACAUGCCGGUUGUACCUUUGGCUGGGGAGAUGGUACGCCCCUGUUCUCGACUCAACCAGCUCAAACAGUCUCCACAGACGUCGCAGAUCCAACGGCUCCCUGUCGUCCAGCCCUAGUAGCCGUCCGAUUCGCUCCGGCUCGGCUCGACUUGAGCGGCUCACGCCGCGUUUUCUCUUCCUUAUCGUCUUCUUUUGUCGUGUUUGUGUAGUACUCUAAUGUAAUAAGAAGCUAAGGCCGUGUUUGGCUCAGCAAUUUCGGAAAAAAUUAGAUUUUUUUUUCUUUUCCA